UGAAUGCCCAAGACAACAGUGUCAAAAGGAACUGUUUACGUGUUAGAGAGUGUUUUAGAUUGUUCUAAGCAUAGAAUCAGAAACUCUCCAUUGCAGCCACAUGAUAUACGAUAUUUUUUGCUUUAUUUCUAUAGUAUAAUUCUAUUCUAUAAUUUUGCAGUAGGGCACUAUAGUGUAUUGUCACAGUGCAAACUUGACUAGUUUUUGAAUAAACUUAUAGUUCUAUUGAAGUGAUUACCAUACAUAUAUUUAUAUAUCUAAUAGAUUUUGAACAAUAAAAUUUAUGUUACUAUUUUGCAAACAUAAAUCAAGAGGCGUGAUAGCACCGCACUAGCAAGAAAGGGCAAAGUUCGGUUCAGGAAAGGACGACCCUAUAUAUUAAGAGGAGCAAUAGCACCGUACUAGCAAGAAAGGGCGAAGUUCGGUCCAGGAAAGGGCAACCCUAUAUACUUUAAAAUUGGGUUUUCUAACCUCCAACAAAAAUCUUGAUUGCAUGUAAAUCAUUAGUGUUGCGCUUAUGUGUAAUCUGUUGGUAUCUAUUUGAAAUAUAUUAACCUAAUCUUUCAUCUUUAAAACGAUUUAUUCGAAUAUAUUACGUUAUUAACUUAAUAUUGCAAGUUGAAAAUUUGCUCGAUGAAUUACUUUUUGUCAGAGUUUCUUCUCCCGAUGGCCGAUAUUUUGUCUCAUCCAGUCACGUGACUUCCGGUGAGACGUAUUAUACACCAGUGGUUACAGCAGUUAUGAUCUACUUUACAGACAUUCAUCUGCUACUCGGUAACACGACGCGAUUGUGUUAUUAUAUGUUAUGUACAUAUAAUUAUAUUUCAUUCGCCUCGUUCUCGAGAUUAUGUGUAGUCAUCCUUUCAUCCGCUAGAUGUCACAACGUUUAGAGACUAAAAGGAGAAAAAAGGUGGGGAGAGCGCUUGGCGGACGUGUUUUUUCCUUUGGUCAUUUGCGUUUUGAUUUUUCUUAUGCUUUUUCCUUGAGAGUGAUCGGCUAUGAGUAAGAGGAAGGUUGAGGAGUUACCGUUUGGUAGGACCAAGAAGUUGCAGAAUAAUCCUAAACGAAGAGAUGAAUCCUCUUUUGGCAAGGAAUCCGGCUUGAGAAGCUCAAAUCCUGGUAGCUUCUUCGACAAGGACUAUGAUUCCGGUGGAGAGGAUGGAGUCAAGUCAGAGAGUGGAUCAGAAGAGAAUCGAGACGUCCAAAGUGAGGCGGAAGAGAACCUGGACGACGAGACCAGAGAGAUAUUAGGUGUCGAUCCGUUGGCAUCCAAGGCCUUGGACAUCAAGUUUCAUCCGUCAGUUUUGAGAAGAGGAAAGUUUUGGUAUGAAAAUGGUUUGCCAAAAGAAGAGAGUGAGAAUAUUCUGGAAAAAUAUGGCACCCCAGUUGGAGUUGUAGUACCCGAAUUGAAUCGUGAGGUAGAGAAGAAGUUACCGAGCCAUGCCAAGACAAGGGAUUCUUUGAUGCUUAAGAGACAGCGACUUGCUGCUGCGGCUUUUAAAGCUAAUGGAUGGCUAUUAUCUACAUGUAUUGAGAAUAAAGAAGGUGUUGAUAGACUGGAGUGUUUGGAAAGGUUGACUGAUGUUAUGAAAUUGAUAGCAGAAAUUAUGAACAGUCAGACAAAAUCGAGAAGAGCCCUUAUCUUAGGAGGCCUAGACAAAUAGUCAAAGAGUAUUUUGGAAGAUACGAAGGCUGAUAAUCUACUUUUUGGCAAAAAGCUGAGUGAGAAGGUAAAGGAGACGAAGAACAUGGAUUCUUUUCCCAUUGGCCCAAGCCUAUCUUUCACGCAUCGUCAGCCUUUAAACUCGUACGGCCAGCAGGGAAAGAGACCGACCCAAAGCAACAUAGACCGCCAAGGUCAGUUCAAUUCGUUCAGAGGCAGAGGUCGCGUGAACUUCAGGAGCAACUACCGCAAUCAACCGUUCAACCAGAGGGCGCCGUACCAAGGAUAGAA